GUGUCUGGUUCAGCUAACAGCUGUGUUUGUGUUGUGAUUCUGUUUUGUCAACAUCAAAAUGUCUCUGAAGUCAAUCAAAAUAAAUGAUUUGCAAUUAAUAAGCUACACAAAUAUUAUCGAAUCGAGCGACAUGGAAUUCAAUUGCCGUGAUGAAGUUAAUAUGAUGAGCUACAGUGAGAAUUUGACAGAGCCACAAAUAUUGCAGCGCAUUCGGGAAUUGAACAAACGCAUUCAUUUUCCCAUUGCUGCGCUGAAUGCGGCUCUCAGCGGCUGCAAUCCAGUGGAAGCCAAAAUGUUAACCGGUCCGGAUGCGGCUGAGAAUGACGCUGUACUUAGCUUAAAAUAUCGCGUUGAGGGCGCAGCGGCACCUCUCAAGUGGGAGUGGCAUCUAGCAGCCAUGGACAGUGCAAUAUUUUUUCGUAACGCAUUAAAAGUAACGCUCAAUGAAGGCUAUAAUCUUAAUACAAAUCUGCAAUAUUUGCUAAAUAUAAUUAAGCUUAAGGAUAAGGAACUCCAACAGUAUCGCAUUGAAGGCUCUCGGCUGCUAAGAACCACUGUAGCCACAGAGCGCUUCGAUGCGGAUGCAUUUCGUGUGGAACACGAUAGGCUGCUGUCGAAUGUGGCCAAAUACGAGGACAUGCAGCAUGUUCUCGAUGAUUCGAUGGCGUCAACAACAGGGGCGACUAUCAAAUGCGAAUCACCAGUGGAUAAGACCAAGACCGCUGAUGUGGCUACCACAAUUCCAUGCGACACAGCAGUCAAAGAUGCGUCCAAAACAAUGAGUCCUCGCAAUAGAAAACGAAAAGCAAUGGAAACGGGCAUACAGCAUGUGGAACGCAAGGUGCUACAGCGUCGUCGUGUGCCACAGUUGCAAUAUAAGAAUACUGAGAGUCAAGAGGAUGAUCUGGAGGCUAGUUUAGCCGAAAUUAAACCUGACAUCAAAACUGAAUGUGAUGAGGAUGAUGAUUUGGAGGAUAGUUUAACAUAAACAACAUCAUUGGGAACUGAGAAAGAGAGAGAGAGAUAGAGACAGCGGGAGAGAGAGAGAGAGAGAGAGCUGCAACCCAGCAUUGAUUCUAUAAUCACAUAGUUUAUAAAAGGAAAAUGAUAAAAAGAACUUAAGUACGACAAAGCCAGCAAAAUGGUUGAUUGCUGCUCUAUCUCUUUCUAUACCAUAACCAACAUCUUUCCAGUUAAUAUGUCAUUUAGUUAGUCAUAAAUUGGCUGACUUAGAUGUGCACAAAUUAAUUUAAGUACGAUAUAACGAAUACCGAACAUGGUAUUUUUAUGUAAUUGUAUAUAUAUUUAUAUAUUGAUUUAUAUCAUGAGCAACUAGCUUACGAAUAUUUUAUAAAGGUGGACCCUUACUGAUGUAUAUGCUUGUUAUUAAAACAUUCAAUUUUAUUUUCUUUGAUUAAAGUUGAAUUUUAAUUUAA